UCAGAGGAUGACUUGUCACAACCGCCCAUGUAAAGAGAAGGAGGUUUGUGUGCCAGUUGAAGCAGGGGUUAAAUACCUCUGUCUGGCCCCAGGAGUCACUACCUCCACAACCGCAGCACCAGUGACAGCGACAACUACGACCGCCACGACAACAGCUACAUUGACUUCCACGACAUCAAGGACGACACCAAUUACAACAACAACCAUGACUCUUUCAACUACCACCACCACGACACCAAUUACGGCAACAACCACGACUCUAUCAACUACAACUACCACCACACCAACUACACCCACUACUAAUCAGCCAACGACUCCACCAACUACGACUUCUACUACGCCAUGUCCUGAGGACUCACACACAUACGUUGGGUGCUACGAAGAUGAUGCGUCUCGCGUCCUUCCAGGCAGCCAUCUUGUGAGAGAUACAGACCUGACAAUUGAAACUUGCAAGCUGCACUGCCACGGAAUCAACGACACCCACUUUGGAGUGGAGAAUGGAAGGGAAUGCUUCUGUGGUGACGUCAUCAAAGGUUGGUACAGAAGGAGACCCGACACUGAGUGCAACGUUCCUUGUACUGGUGACAGAAGCACGAUGUGUGGCGGAGACUGGAGGAUGUCCAUCUAUAAGAUCUAUUGUACUACAGCUGUGUGAAUUAUUCAAUUCCGUGAUAUGCUGGUUGGUUUGGUUGUUUGUUGUUUAACGCCGCACUCAG